AUGGUGCAAAGUAAGACAGGAAUUGCCCCUUGUGGGAAGAAAGAGGCAACAAUUGCAAGAUUAGAACUUCUUGGUGCCACCAUAUCUGCUCGUCUUUCCAUUGAGAUCGGAAAGGAGUUUAAAAUCGACGAUGUAUAUUUUUGGACAGACUCCACCACAGUGUUGAAAAGAGAAGAAACGUGGGGUGUAUUCGUGCAGAACCGUGUUCAAGAAAUUAGGAAACUGACACCAGUUCAAGCAUGGAGACAUAUACCUGGAUCCUUGAAUCCCACUGAUCGGCCAAGUAGAGGUUGUUCAGCUAUCACUCGUUUUCCGUUUAUAUGCACCCCCUAA